AUGCAGGAACCAAACGCGCCUAAACCCCGUUCCCAUCAUCUCAUCCACUCUUUCCCAAUUGUUGCAACAAACAUCAACAUGACCAGCUCCGGCUCCGGUUUCGGUUCCGGCUCCAACAACACUUUCCACAUCUUCCCCCACCUCCCCUGGGAGCUCCGCGCCCGCAUGUGGGAACUGACCAUCUCGGGGCGCACGAUCUACAUCUAUCCCCGUCUCCUUUCCAACGAAAAGAACCAUCUUCACAGUCGGGUUUAUGGGGGGUCGAUCUGA